UAAUUGGUUCUUUUUAUUUCAGCGGGGAGGCUGGGGUUAUUUAUAUUUUGCAUUGUAUCGGCCCUAACUGUCAAACUGGAUCCUAUAUAAAGUAUUUUUCUUUUCGGUGACACACACACGCCAACCUGACGUCAUAACAAAAUGGCAGCCUCCUUGAGCCGGUUACACCACAUUUCACUUCACGUUACAAACGUGGAUAAAAUAGCGUAUGAACUUGUUUCUAAAUUUAAGUUUAAUUUAUUUGUUGCGAGGUUGACGGAGAAGUCAAAACAGUUGGCUUUCAGGAAAGGAGCGGCAGUUUUCGUCGUCAAUGAAAGACCAUUGAAUGGAGUAACACUAUCGAGCAAGAGAGGGAUUUCUCCUUCAGAAUCGGAACCGGGAUGGACGAACAACAUUCAAACCGGGAUAAAGAACGACAAGGAUCCGAAAUGUCUCUACGAUGUCAACCCACACUAUUCCGUCGACACCGCGUCUAACGUCUGUUUCGAAGUAGAAAACGUGGAAAGGUCAUUCAAGUCCCUUCGCAACCUUGGCUGCGAUUUCUUGGUGCCUCCGACAGAGGUGUGUGACGAGAAAGGGAUUGUCACCUAUUCAGUAGUCAAAUCAAUCGUGGGAAAUGUGAACCACACGCUCAUUGACACGAGUAAAUACAAGGGGAGUUUCUUACCCGGGUUUCAGGAGGUUGAAAACGUGACGGAAAACGGCACACCGGUGUCUAAUAGUACGGAUUCUUCUUGUCCAGUCACUCAUUUUGAUCACAUCACCUAUGCCUGUCCGAGACGGUGCACACCGCAAGUGAUGAGCUGGUAUGAGAGGCACUUUGGCUUCCACAGGUUCUUCAUUGACAGUAAUGAGGAUGUGGACGAGGGCUAUGUUCUGAACACGGAGGGCAUUGGACUGCGUCUCACAGCCAUGGAGUAUUGGAAAUGCAGCCAAACCGGAAUCAAGCUUCCCUUCACAGAUGACAAGCAACCGGACUGCAAGUUUGUCAUCGCGGAGUCGCUGCCUGACCAAGGUGUAACAGUUUUGCUUCCGUCCCACUCAUCGCCCCUACCUGGACUCGAACCAGGGACCCUCUGCACACAUCGACAACUGACACCCACAAAGCACCUGUCGCGCCACAAAAUCCGCGGCCCUUGCCGAGCAAAGGGGAAACAACUACUUCAAGGCAGGAACCAGGUGGACACCUUUCUGGAGCAGCACGGAGGCCCAGGGAUCCAGCACAUUGGAUUGUACACACAGGACAUAGUGUCCACAGCACAGACCAUGGGCCGGGCAGGAGUCCACUUCUUCUCUCCUCCUCCUGCCUACUACACCGAGGUGGGUAAGCAGCAGGAGAUGGAGGACGCAGGUUACGACCCCCAGAUGCUGUCUCAGCACAGCAUCCUCCUGGACACAGACCUGCGCCAGGUCCAGACUGACCCGUCCUGUCAGACUACGGACACGCAGAAGAAAAGAUACCUGCUCCAGGCGUUCACCAAGCCCAUCUUCUCAGAGGACACCUUUUUCCUGGAGCUGAUAGAGAGGAGAGGUGCGUCAGGGUUCGGAGAGGGGAACAUCCAAGCCCUGUGGAGGUCUGUCCAGGCAUACAUGGACACAGAGAGGGCAGAGACUGAGGCACAAGGAGAGAACACGACUCACAGAACAUAACCCCAGAACACGACCCCAGAACCGAAGCACUGCCACAGCGCGUAACAUUUUGCAGCGAACUCCUUCCUCCGCUACUCUUUGGUCUGUGAGGCUAAAAUACACUGAGUUUUCCCGGGGAAGCUCUGGAGCGUCAAAGCUGUGGAGGGAAGGGGAAGCUGUGGCCCACCGGGGAAGCUGUGGGGCACUGGGGAAGGGGAAGCUGUGCCCCACCGGGAAAGCUCUGGAGCGCCAGGGAAGCUGUGGCGCGCCGGGGAAUAUGUGGCCCACUGGGGAAGGGGAGGCUGUGGAGGGAAGGGGAAGCUGUGGCCCACCGGGGAAGCUGUGGGGCACUGGGAAAGGGGAAGCUGUGGAGCACCGG